AUGAAAUGGUGGCUCACCUCGCCGUCCCACCCGGGGCACCGCGGUUCGCGGGUCGGCUUGGAGCGGUUUCUAGCGCCCCGCGCCCCCAACACGGCUGGGGGCCUCCACGGGCCCCGGCAGCAUCCCCGGGCAGCUCACGACUUAACCCCGCAUCUUUCCGCUAAAUCAACCCCAGAUUUAGGCAGCAGCUUUAUAGCGAGUUUAACUGGGCUUCGACCCAUCCGAGCGCUCUUUUCUCUCGCCGCGCAGUCUCGAAGCAGCGCGGGCUCGUGGGGGAGCGUCAGGCAGCCGAGGUGCCAGCGGGAGGCAGGCCGGCCCCGGGCGCGCACGCUCGGCCGAGCCCCCGCGCGCCCGGCGCCCGCGCCUGCUGACAGCUGCAGCUGGGCUCGAGCUGUCCGCUCCCAGUUCCUCGGCCUCCGCCCCCUCGGGCUCCCUCCCCUCGGCCCCUACCCUUCCAGCCCCGGUGCGCUAGUUUCGCAACUGCUUGCCUCUCGCCCCGUGCCCGGCUGUUUUCCAUUUCCCGGCCCCUUCUUCCUGAGUAUUUUGCACCCUGCAUUUGGGGAGAGGGGCUGGAAGGGGGGCGGGUGGAGCGUCCAGAGGAGAAGGAAGCAAGGGCCGGAGGAGGAGGAGGAGGAAGAGAAUCGGCGGACCGUGGGGAGGAGACCCCACGCCACCCUUUCUGGUCAUCUCCCCUCGCGCCCCGCCCCUGCGCACACUCCCUCCCGGGCGAGCUACUUUCGGACGAGGAAAGUGAGGGCGGCCCUGGGUGACAGCGCCGUGGGGCCAGUCCCGGGGAAGCCGCGCGUCUGUUCGAGUCUCGUCUGCCGCGCUCCCAGCCAGGGACCGAGGAUGGCUUCGACCACAACCUGCACCAGGUUCACGGACGAGUAUCAGCUUUUCGAGGAGCUCGGAAAGGGGGCUUUCUCAGUGGUGAGAAGAUGUAUGAAAAUCCCUACUGGACAAGAAUAUGCUGCCAAAAUUAUCAACACCAAAAAGCUUUCUGCUAGGG